GUGAUCAACUCUAGGCGGUAACAAAGGCCCAUUGCUGCCAGCGUCAAUAUGAAGUCAACAAAAUUUGUUCUUCUAGUUCAAAUUCUUAUGACGAUAUUUAUUGCAACGGUCACAGAGGCAGGGUAUUGCCCGCCACCAGUAGCAAAGUCAGAGGAGCUAAAUAAUGACUACUAUCCGCUAGAAGAUGCAUCUAUUCAGGUGCAAGAUGAGGAAAACCAAGCAUACCAAGAAUACAACGAAUAUGAAGACAUCCAAGAACAAGAAAAGAGACCCAAGAGGGCAACAGAGAAGGUGGUUAAUGCAAAUACAUUAAAAUCGCCGGGCAAAACUUUAAAGAAGGGACGAGGAGGCGGUAGGCAUAGGGGUGGAUUUAAAGGUGGACCAAGGAGUGGAUCUAGGAAUGGUCGUAGGGGUGGACGUAGGGGUGAACGUGGUGGUAGCGGUCGUGGCCGUAAGAAUAGGGGUAAGGGUAGACGAAAACAUAAACCUCAUGCUAGAAACAGGCAUGGUGGUGGGCAUACAAGGAAUAUUGAUAUAAGUAUUAAUGAUCUACCUAACAUCGGAUGUUAGCAUACGCCGGCCUAAAGCUCUUUUUUAAAAUCCAGCUAAGCAGUUAGUAUGACUACGAUAAGAAAUUUCAGAGAAGAAUAAAUAAAUGUUGUUGCUAUAUAUCUCAGCGAAAA